GGACUCUUGGGUAUGGAGGGACUGGGAGAACUGGGUGAGAGACACCGGGAGAGCUGGGCCAGGAGGGACUGAAAAAGUUGAGUAUGGAGGGACUGGGAGAACUGGGAAGGAGAGACUGGGAGUGUUGGGAAAGGACAGACUGAGAGGGCUGGGUAUGGAGGGACUGGGAAAACCGCGUAAGGAAGGGCUGGGAGAGCUGGGUGAGGAGAGGCUGGGAGAACUGGGAAGGAGGGAAUGGGAGAACUGGGUGAGGAGAAACUGGGAACGUUGGACAUGGAGGAACUGGAGGAACUUGGAAGGAGGGACUGGGAGAGACUGUCCAUUUCUCCGGGAGCUGAAGGCCAGGAAUCCCCGCCAUGGAUUUCCAGCACCGGCCCGGGGGCAAAACGGGCAGCGGGGGCGUGGCCUCGGCCUCCGAGAGCAACCGCGACCGGCGGGAGCGGCUCCGCCAGCUGGCCCUGGAGACCAUCGACAUCAACAAGGACCCCUAUUUUAUGAAAAAUCAUCUGGGCUCCUACGAGUGCAAGCUUUGCCUGACCCUGCACAACAAUGAGGGGAGUUACUUAGCACAUACCCAGGGGAAGAAGCAUCAGACCAAUUUGGCACGACGAGCUGCCAAGGAAGCCAAGGAAGCCCCAGCCCAGCCUGCCCCAGAGAAGGUGAAAGUGGAAGUGAAGAAAUUUGUGAAAAUUGGGCGCCCAGGCUACAAAGUGACCAAACAGAGAGACCCAGAAACAGGCCAGCAGAGCCUUCUCUUCCAGAUCGAUUACCCAGAGAUAGCAGAGAGCAUCAUGCCCCGGCACCGCUUCAUGUCGGCCUACGAGCAGCGCAUCGAGCCCCCGGACCGGCGCUGGCAGUACCUGCUGAUGGCAGCUGAGCCCUACGAGACCAUUGCCUUCAAGGUGCCAAGCAGAGAAAUUGAUAAAGCAGAGGGAAAGUUUUGGACUCACUGGAACAGAGAAACCAAACAGUUCUUCCUUCAGUUCCACUUCAAGAUGGAGAAGCCCCCGGCCCCCCCAAACCUCCCCCCGGGGCCCCCGACCGUCAAGCGGCCGCCGCCCCCUCCCCUGAUGAACGGGCUGCCCCCGCGGCCCCCCCUGCCCGACUCCAUGCCCCCCCCUCCCCCUGGGGGCAUGGCCCUGCCCCCCAUGCCCCCCUCGGGGCCGGUGCCACCCCCCCCAGUGCCCCCCCAGCUGCCCCCAGCGCCCGGGGUGCCCCCUCCUGCCCCGCUGCCCCCCAUGCUGCGGCCGCCGCUGCCCACCGAGGGGCCGGGCACCAUCCCUCCUCCUCCUCCCUCCAACUGAGGCCCCUGCUGGGCCCCAUCCCGUGGGAUUUGUGUCUUUUUAACUGCAGCUCACCCCCCAUCCAGGGAACAGAUCCUUUUUGUAGCUCUGCAAAGAUGGCUGAACUCUGUAGGUUCAUUAAAAGGUUUUUGAUUCUCCUUUC